AUGUUGCCUUCGAAUUUAACUAUCGGUUACCGGUAUGAUAUUUUUUCAUUUGUUUCUAAUAGAAUUUUCGUAGGUAAAUUGUCAUAUUAUAACCUUCAUAAAAUGAAUAAAAAGUUAAAGCUUGACAUUCUUAGAACACCAAGGAUUUUACGAUCUGAAAAUAAAAAUGAUUGUAAAGAUAUAUCGUCGACAUCAAAGUAUUUUGACAAUGAAGAUCUUCCACCAAAAAAAACUGAGAAGAAAAAACGUACACCGAUAAAAAUAAAGUAUGAAGAAUUAAAAGAUGCAACUGAUUCAAAAGAUAGUGAAGUUAAAGUUGAAAAUUUACAAGAUGAAAUAAUAAAGAAAGAAAGAAAUAUAAAAGAUAAAUGGGUACCUUCAAAUUGGGAAACUGUUUUGGAAAAUGUGAAGGAAAUGCGAAAAUAUAAAACAGCACCAGUAGAUGAAAUGGGUUGUCACAAAUGUACAGAUCCAAAAGCUACUGCAAAAGUAGCUAGAUAUCAAUCAUUAAUUGCAUUAAUGCUCAGUAGUCAGACCAAAGAUCAAGUUACUCAUGCAGCUAUGCAGAGAUUAAUUGCUUAUGGUGGUACUCCAGAAAUAAUAGCAGGUACUCCUGAUCACGUUCUUGGAAAACUGAUAUAUCCAGUUGGAUUUUGGAAGAGAAAAGUAGAAUAUAUUAAAAGGACAACAACAAUAUUAAUUGAUAAAUAUGAUGGUGAUAUUCCUAAAACAUUAAAAGAAUUAUGUCAGUUACCAGGAGUAGGGCCAAAAAUGGGACAUAUAUGUAUGCAAAUAGCAUGGGGUGAAGUUUCUGGUAUUGGUGUAGAUACACAUGUGCAUCGCAUUUGUAAUAGAUUGGGAUGGGUAAAAAAAACAACUAAAACACCAGAAGAUACAAGAAUUGCAGUGGAAGAAUGGCUUCCAAAAGAACUUUGGAGUCAGGUAAAUUAUUUACUUGUAGGGUUUGGACAAGAGAUAUGUUUACCAAGAUUUCCCAAAUGUAAUGAAUGUCUAAAUAAAGAUAUAUGCCCAUUUAGUGCAAAGAGUGGUAUGAAAAAAUAG